CUUCCUUCGUUUGUCACAGAGACACACUGAGAGAGAGAGAGACAGAGAGAGAUUGUGGAAAUGGAAGGUGGUGACGGCGGCAUCUUCCUUGACUCAGAUUCAGAGCCAUGUGGUGUUGUUGGAGGUCAAAAAGCAAAGAGAGGAAAAAUGGUGAGGGGAAAUUCUGUUUCUGUGGGAGUGGGAGCUUCUCAGAAGAAAAUGCUUGCUGACAUAACCAACCAGCAGCAACAACAGCAUUACCCUCAAACCUUGAACCAACAACCUAAGCAGCAGUCUGCACCUAACAUCUCCACCGACCAGCUUCUCAAGGAAAAUGCAAUGUUGAUGAAGCUUCUAGCUAAUAGAAAUGCGAUUAUAGAAUCAUGUAAAGUGGAGCUACAAAAAUGUCAAAGCAAUUUUCAGAAACUGCGGAAGCAAAAUUCGGAACUUGCCCUGACAAAUAGUCAAAUGCUGGCGGAGCUUAAUUCUGGUAGACAGAAGCUAAGGGAACUUCAGCAUGAACUAGGAGGCAAAAAUGGUAUUCUCAAUGCUAUGAAAUUAGAAUUGACGGCAAAAAAGCACACAGUGAAAUUGAAGCAUGAGAUUGAUGCAAAGGAGGUUGGAGCAAACCGGAGCAAGCAAUCAGAUCAACCAUUGCAAGAAGAUAACAGGGGGGAUGCAAAAAGGAAGAGGGUGUCAAGAUCUAAAUCUUCUGCACCUGCUGUCAUUAAACAAGUUAAAUCCACAGAGAAGGUUGACAAUCAAAGGUAUAGUUUGAGAAGGCAAUCUGCAGUGAUGAAAGCUGAGAAACCAGAACCAACAAAUGACUUCCUAGAGGAAGAUGAUGUUUCACAUAUCCAAGAAAAUUUGGGAAAUGAAGAUGGACCAACAUCAUUAGGAUCCAAAGUCCAUGAAGAAGCCAGAGAAGAUACUGAAUCUUCAGGACCUACGAACACUGAACAAGUUCAUGCAAAAAAGAAUGUUGAAAAGAAGAGGCAUAGUUUGAGAAGGCAAUCUGGCAAGUUCAGGCCAGAGAAUCCAGAGCCAACUGAAGACUUCUUUAAGAUAGAUGAUACAAAAUUUAAUGUCUCCCAUUUAUGUGAUAAUAUGUCAGAAAAAAUUCAUCUAACAACAUCAAGUGUAUCUGGACAAGAAUACAAAGAAUACAAUGCGUGUACAUUUGAGCCUCAGGAACUUCGUAGAUCAUCUGUUGGACGGCCAUUGCGAAGAUCAGUUGAGAAGGUUGUGUCCUACAAGGAAAUUCCACUUAAUGUGAAGAUGCGGAGAGCUAGUUGA